AUGGCAUCAACGAUCGGCAUCAAGGGCGCGCACAUUGGGCCCUCGCCCCUCGGCGGCAAGCCUUUCGUGUCGAAAUGGUCGAAUAGAUACCGAGGUGCCACAGUCCAGGACCUCGAGCCGCCGUCGGCGCUGUCGCUGAACCCCUCGGACCCCAUCUCGCUGGCGCUGCUGAGCGCCUUCGAGCGCGACUACACGCACCUGACCAUCAUCGACAGCUCGACGCGCUCGCUGCUGGGCUACAUCGCGAUCCCGCAGCUGCAGGCGCAGCUCGACGGGGGCCACGUCAAGCCCGAGGACCCGCUGUCGGCCGCCAUGGUGCGCUUCCAGCGCAAGGGCCGCACGUACAAGGUCAUCACCAUGGCCACGCCGCUCGAGGAGCUCGAGGAGUUCUUCGAGGGCGGCGGCGUCGGCCAGAAGCAGGACUUUGCCGUCGUCACGGACGAGGCCCGGCGCUUCGUGCUCGGCGUCGCCACCAAGGACGACCUGGAGGAGUUUGUCAAGAGGCGGCCGGCGUGA